AUGAACUGUGGCAGCACUGUACGUUCAGCGGUCACGAAAAAACAAUUUGCGGUUUGUGCAGUCGAAGGUGCUCUAAUGGAUUUGGAUAAUCGCAUCAAGGCGUAUCGUCUUGUGGCCUAUUCUGCCGUAACCUUCUCGAUUGCUUCAGUUUUGUCGAGUUGUGUUACGCUUCCAAUUAUAUACAACUAUGUGCAUCAUGUCCGUCAUCAAAUGCGCAGUGAAAUCACCUUUUGCAAGGGAUCUGCAAAGGACAUCUGGGCUGAAUUACAUGAACUAAGGAGUAUUCAAACACAAAAUCGCACGUCACGUCAAGCUGGCUAUGGAGAUGCAGGCAUCAUCAGCGAGAGCGGAUCAUCGCAAGGUGCAUCAUGCGAUGAAUGCUGUGUACCAGGCUCACCAGGACCGGCUGGACCCCGCGGUAGGCCUGGGAAACCCGGCAAACCAGGCACACCAGGACUAAAUGGAAACCCCGGAAGACCUCGAAAUCAGCCGUGUGAAGCAGUGACACCUCCGCCAUGCAAACCAUGUCCACGAGGGCCGCAAGGUCUUCCCGGGCCGCCUGGACCACCUGGAGAUCCUGGAUCACAAGGUCCACCCGGUCUGAAGGGACUGCCUGCAGCUCCUGGAGAACCGGGGCCAAAAGGAGCACCGGGACCACCUGGAAAACCUGGAGCUCGUGGACCUGUAGGAAAGAUAGGCAUACCGGCACCUAAUGAACCGCUCAUUCCAGGCGAACCGGGACCGAUUGGUGAUUCCGGUUCUCCAGGGCCACCUGGACGUCCUGGUAAGCGGGGUGUGAAUGGCACGCCUGGACCAGCCGGACGGAAAGGACCACCUGGGCCCGAUGGUGAACCCGGAAAAAAUGGUAAGACCGGUCAGCCAGGCCCAGGUGGCCCACCUGGAGCGCAAGGUGAAAGGGGUAUUUGUCCGAAAUACUGUGCUAUCGAUGGCGGAGUGUUCUUUGAGGAUGGAACACGACGUUAA